AUGUUCAGCCUUGUUGGAAAUCUCAUCAUCAUUAUUCUCACCUUUGUGGACACUCACCUUAAAACUGCCAUGUACUAUUUUCUGCAAAACCUUUCUUUCUUAGAAAUCUCAUUCACUUCUGCCUGUAUCCCUAGAUAUUUGUAUAGUAUAGCAACAGGAGAUAGAACCAUUACUUAUAACUCUUGUAUAUGUCAGGUAUUUUUUAUAGACCUAUUUGGAAUAGUGGAAUUUUUCCUUCUAGCAACUAUGUCCUAUGAUCGUUAUGUCGCCAUCUGCAAACCCCUUCAUUAUUCUUCUAUCAUGAAUCCCAUUGUCUGCAAAAAACUUGUCUCUGGCUGUUGGAUAGUUACUUUGUUGCUCAUGAUACCACCACUUGGCUAUGCGCUGACAAUGGAGUUUUGUGACUCUGAAAUUGAUCACUUUAUUUGUGAUUCUAAUCCUCUCCUGAAGAUCUCAUGUUUGGACACAGAAUUCAUAGAGAAGAUGGUUCUUUUCUGCUCUUCAUUUAUCCUACUAGUGACUCUCACGUUUGUGGUUUGGUCCUAUGGAAGUAUCAUUCGCACGAUUCUUGGGUUCCCCUCUGCUCAGCAAAAGAAAAAGGCCUUUUCUACCUGUUCCUCCCACAUGAUUGUGGUUUCCAUCACUUACGGCAGCUGUAUCUUCAUCUAUAUCAAACCUUCUGCAAAAGAUGAAAUGGCUACUAAUAAGGUAAUAACAGUAUUCGCAGUUUCCACCAUCCCCCUGUUAAACCCACUUAUUUAUACUCUAAGAAACAAACAAGUGAAAAAAGCUUUGAAUGACUUUGUAAAACAAUUACUAUUCAUGGGGCCACAGAGCUAUCACCAGGGUUGA